AUGGCAACCGAGGACUGCCCAUCGAAUACAUUACAACACGAGACGAGUGUCACAGAGCGGUCUCCUCCUCUUUCACACGAUGCCUUAAAUGGGCGGCCACAUUUUGUGGAGCACAACUGUUCAAAUAUAGAACGCCGGCUUGAGUGGUUCUCCCGUACGCUGCCGACUUCAGCCUCGAUAGAGUGUAGGGACUUGUGGAAGCAGGCCGCUAAGGCAGAACAAAGUUUCCCAGUGGACGCUACUUUAGCUCCACUGAAUGUUAUAAAACCCCAACGGCGAACAAAUGUUAAGGGAGCUGGAAUACGAACGUGUAGUGAGUCUUCAAUUACAGGAGCUGCAAGUGCGCAAACAACGAGCGAAUUACCGUCACGAGCACAGAAAAACCUCCGCCGCCGAAACAGACUGAAGCCUUCUGCAGACGGUUCCAAUUUCGAUACUCAGAGGUACAGCUGCGUGCCCAUGCAGGUGGAAUAUACACAUCACCCGCGUGUGCCAUUGAGGACUCCCGCAACAGCAGUGGCGAAUUCUCGUGACCACGAGGCAGGCCCAGUGAAUGCAGAAAGUCAUGCCCGUAUGAGGGGACAUCCGAGGACUGGAUCAAUGCAGAUGAACUCUGUGCUUCAGACUCAAAGACGAGGUGAGAAUAUUGACAGGAGUGUGGUUUUCCGCACCACAUCAAAUACGCCUCUCUGCCCGUCACUUUGCAGCGAUGCUGCUCAAGAGCAUCAGCGCUGCUGGCGUACAGGAGGGUCAACACCCAUACACUGGGUGCCAUGGCCGUCUCCAGAUUGUCAACUGUGUCAAAAUGAAGGUGCUGGUGCUACUGAAAUGUGGAAAAGCAUUUUGAGACGAAACCAAGGAAGUGACCGUUUACCUGGUCAUCCAAAUGGACACAUCGAUAGUAACGGGGGAUCUUCCGAGGCCGGCUUUCGAUUGAGCGCAGUGGAAGCAUUCGAGCCAAGAACAAAGAAGCCUCUUCUGUCUGUGGCUCAGUCUUCUCAUCCGCAGUGCGACACAGCGAAGCACGCAGCACCUGGACCACUGGCACCAGGCAGGCUUCAUUGCUUCGUGCAGGGGCCUGUAUCCCAGCGUUACCAGAGCGACAGCAUCCAUGGACGCAGACAGCAGCAGAGUGUCGACACGAUGAUGUCACACGCCAAUAUUGAGCACCCGUAUCAGGCGUCUGAGCGUAUGUCCAUGUCAGGCACGGGGAAACGACCAUACCCAGAGCCAGGGUCUGCCUAUCUGCAUUCGUCUACAAAAUCGAAGGAUAGUAAUCAAGGGCUGAGCCUCUGCAAAUAUCCCGGAUCUUCUGGACUUCAGCACCAUUUGCAUGUAGUACAGCUGUUAGAGAGCGAAACACGAAGGACUACGGAGACAGCACACGCGUCGGCGGGCGAAGGACUAGCGGGCAAAAAGAAAGCUGAGCAAAAACAGCACCGAACGUUCAUCCUCCGGUCGGUGCUCAGACGUGCCAGAGCCUUGAAGCCCAAGGCAACCCACCUCAAGGUUUUUCUAGUAAACUGCGGAGCGACAACUACGGUGUCGCGUGUCCAGGGUGGCGCUGUUACAGGGUGGUCUGACCCAGCAAGGAGAGUGGCAGAGAUGAGCGAACUCAUCGCGGCACCGUGCACCUAUUCCUCGGAGCUGACCACUCGUGGCUUGCCAGAUGAUUACGAGAGCGAAGACCCUUUAACAUUUGAGGAUCUGGGAUCUAGUCGAAAUGAUAUGCUGCGACAGUGGAAGGAUGCCAAUUUGAGCCUUGGUGAAUGCCAUCGGAGACGUGUAUCUGAUCUCUCGUUCCCAGCUGCUUUCUCGGUUUCGCCAAAUCACCCAUGUGGUGUAGUGGGUGAAGCCGAUGGUCAACGGUCAGGAAACGAGUUCUCAUGGGUUGACCACGGUUCAUUAGAGAACCCCAACACUCUUUCGUUCUCCAGUUGCCCAACAGAAGACCAAGAAGGUCUUGUCGAGGUCCUCAGCAAAGAGGGGCAAAAACAAGCGAUCGCAGCAGCUAAGCUUCUCCGGCCGAUGCGAUUCACUAUGAUAUACUGCAGUGACGACGCAGCGUGCCAGGAAAUGAAGAACGUCAUUUUGACAGUUAAUCGGGAAAGUCCAUACGUCGACGAUAAGCGACUGGGUAACAGAAGGAAAGGCGACUUGGCUCACUUGUCAAAUGCGGAGUUUAUGAGGCGGGCGACAAAAGCUGGCUUUACGAAGGAAACGUUCCGGCCUCCAGGUGGGGAAAGCUUGGAGGAUGUCCGUGAGCGCGUGGUGCGCUUCUUUUUGGAGGCUCUUGUUGGAGAAUUUCUUCUCUCUCUGAAUUUGAGGGACUUCAUAGCGAAGGCUGCCAUGGACCAGCGGCGAGCCAUCACCCGGACAAAUUGUUUCACCCUAACUGACGUCGGGAGCUAUUGUGAACUGCUGAAGGUUCCGCCGUCGGUCCAGACGUCUAUCCUAACUUCGUCAAAGCUUCUUGACGUCAACGGAAAACGCCAGAGACGGCGGCGAAGGCGUAGGAAGAGAGCUCACUUAACAGCCUCUCUGGAUGCUGAGGAAGGUAACGAGGACACCUGUUUGUGUCCGCGAAAGAUUUCCAAAGGUGUGGCGGACUCCAGUGGCCUGCUCUUGAACAGUCAUGAUGCUUCCGCUGUCUCUGCCGAACGUGUUACUGGAAACAAUGUAUGCCUUGACGAGCGAGGCUACGAUGGCGUUGUGGGCCAGGAUGAGCAGGAAGAAUUUGAAUUUGCAAGCGUUGCGUCGUGCGCAUCAGUGCUCUAUCAAUCUGGGUUGGCCACCGAUGACGAGUAUGCUUCGGGAGGUUCAGCAAUCAACACAAAGAUAAACGAGCUGCCCCACGAGGUUGAGGCCAAUGAUAAUGGGCAGGGAAAGACUCAUCCUGAUGAGCCGGAUGCAGAGGGCAACACAACGUUAAGGAGUGAAGCGUUUUCUAGCAAGAUAGUGGAGGAGAUUCUUGAAGAUGGGCAGACUGGUACCCGGUGCUGGACGCCGUUGCGCGAGGCGCAGGAGAAGAGUGAGGAGACUCGAAAUCUUGGGUUGAUUCAUUUGUCCGCAACUACUGCUGUUCAGCCUCUGGAAAUUACCACUGAAGAAACUGGUAAAUAUGAGACGACGGCGGACGUGGGAAAGUGCAGCUGGAUGCUUGCAGCGCCGGAGCGGCGUAGAGGUGCCGAUGAAGCAUGUUAUGAGGCACUGAAAAGUGAAGCUGUUGCUGAACCAUCGUUGAAUGCAUUCCGGCACUCCCGUGUUAUCUGUCACGCGAGUGGGGCAGAACCUGACAGCAGCAGCAGCGCAAAAGCUACAAAGGAAUGCGUGUCUCUUUCGUUGUCAACAACAAAUUCUGCGAACACCGUCUCGAACAUGCAGUGCAUUGAACGGAGUGUUGUUCUUCCCUGCGUGAGAGAAGAAGACUGUGUUAGUUCCUCGCAAGGCUUCUCUUCUCUCAAAAGUGGACACGUCCUCGUUGCAUCUACGUUAUCUGAUCAACAAAGAAUUAUGUUCACACGGUUUUUGUUCUUCGAGGAAGGUCAAAAGAUUCUUGGCUCUCGAUGCAUGUUGCCCGAAAUGGGUGCUUGUCAAGGAAACGCAGGAAGCAGCGGCAUGCAAUUCGACAAUCCGGCCGGCGAUGCCUCACCUGGAGAACGCCCGCAGGCCGGGGAGCAUGACGUGAGUGUAUUCACGGAUCUCAGGGAGGUCCCGGAGCGGACGCUUGAAAAACCUGUUCAGGACGAGAUAGGUUCUCGGAGGGCGGCACAGAUGGAUAGCAGCCCUCCCGUCGCUGGCGAAUUUUUCGAUCCUGAGUGUCCUAUUGAGCCAGAUGGGACGUCAGUGAAUCGCGAAAGUAUUGAAGUCAGCGGAAAAAUACCAAAAACUAAUACUCAUCUUCAAAGAGAACAAGUAACUAGUUCUUCAUCUGAAGGCUUCUCACGUGAGUUGGAGAAUCGAUCGGGUGACAACGACAACGGAAGACUACCCGUCGACGACGUUAAGCACAAGGUCAUUGAAGCACACGCCACAGCGGAUGAGCAAAGUGACUACAGGAAAAUCGUUGACAGAUCGAAAAGUGGGGAGAAACUCAUGGUGGGAUCAUUUCCACAAAUCGUGUAUGAUGGUGAAGUAACGGAAGACAGUGGCAGUCGGCCUGGUUGUUGCCUUGAAGAGUUCUUGCAUGAUGUAUUGGUGGAGUACGACUCAGAUGUGCCACCAGUGCGGCAGAGGAAGGAGCAGACUAGACCCAGCGGAGCAGCAGGAGAUGGCGGAAGAUGUGAGAGGAUGGAGCAACAAGGCGGCUUGUCUCUGCGUGACUCGCACUCAUUGAGCCAAUGCUCCAGGCGCCUGCAAGCUGAGUCCGAUUGUGUGGCAGUUUCUUUCCCACCGAGCGGCUGUGCUUUGUUGCCAAGCAGCACUACGUCGGUCGAUGAUGUCAACGAACUCACGGCGGAGCGUGGCAGCUGCCACUCUCCCUAUCAGAAUUGUCAAACAAUGCCUAUCAGUUCCCCUCGGAGAGGCAAGAAACUGAGUGAGGUUAACUCCGGCAGUCUGCUACCAACUUGGAUAGCCGGUGGGGUCUGUGAAGGAAAAACGUCAUGCGUUAGUUCAUCACCCUUCAACAACGAAACAUGCGUAGCAAGACCAGACCCAGGUGCGAACGACUUCACCAAUUGGCUAAGUGCCAAAGAGCGAACGGACCAUAUCUACCCCGUGACAGAUUACUGUCGUGACGGUCCCGCUUCAGGACAAGAUGCUACCGAAAUGUGUGUAAAGCAAUUCUCCGAAACAUGUCAGAGACGACCAUUCCCAGCGUCCGUAAAAGACAGAGGGGAUGCGUGUGGAGCGUGUCAAUUACCUCCUGAAUUGCAAACACCUUUUGUGCUGGGAGAUCUGGUAACAAGCAAGCCAGAGGCGCCAUCAGAGCCUUCGAUGCCACACAAAUGCUUUGAUGGAUAUUCGAUCUUCAGUCCAGCUCUCGGAAGAACAAGAAGCACACUGCUGCAUGUUGACGGUGUCGACGCCAUGGGAGGCGAUGCCUCAUUCUAUUUUCGACAUGCAUCCGAAUCCUGUCGUGAUACGCGGUGGACGAAGCCUGCUCGUGGACGCAUAGAGCAAAACCACCAUAGUGACUGUGAGGAACAUUACAGUUCUCGCAUACCUCUGUCCAGAUGGAGGCAGCCCUGUGGUGCCAAAGUAGUGUUGCCGCUAAUCCGGAAUAGAUUCUUGCUGCGUCCUGCACAUUCUGCGCCAUCCCUUAGAACCUGCGACAAGGCAAUCCCUUGGCUGCAACCUCCUGUUGCGUCUGUGAAGCCCCGGGAGGAACCAGAAUCACAACCAAAAUGGCACACUACCAGACUACGCCGUUCACGAUCUCUCCUCGACUCAAAAUAUUCAGACAGGGGGACAUCACGAAUUCCGGAGGUGCGCGCGUCGACGUCGGCUGUUUCUGAGUGUGUUUGCGAACGAGAAGCAUUGACUAACCAUGAUCGGAAGGAGCGCUUCAAGGUCCACAAUCCAAAGCAAGAUGAAGACGCCGUUAGCGGAACUGAACCUGUUGUUGUACAACGACGACCACCGUCGACUGUCAGGUUGUCCGCCUAUGGGGCCAUGCCAGCUGCCGAGGGAAGGAAACCCCGUGGUGCUGCCCGUCGGUGUCGGGCUGCUCUCAUCACUAACGAAGCACGCCAGCACUUCGACAGUGUGAGGCAGCGGCAGAACUCCCUUAACGUGACCUCAGAAUCAGCGACACGUGAGAAAAACAUAUCUUGUUGCAGCGCAUUGAAAACUCAAUCGGGACACAAUUUACGCAAAGAUACCGCGCGUUUCGUAACGGAUCUGGUCCAUUCCUUUGCUGCUGCAUUGACUGAAUGUGCAAGCGCCGGUUUUUCACCCCCAUCUGCAUCGCUGGCUCACGACUGUAGCUCCACUGGCUGCGGCACCAACAGUAACGACUCGAGUAGUAAUAUCGAAGAAAGCGACGGCAUCGGUGGUACUGGGAGCGACGGUUUCAGCGGCACUGGAAGCGACAGCGGCUGGGCAAGCACCGCGUACCGGGGGACUGCACAGACCGCAAAACGCUCCCUAUCCUCACUUUCCAGAAUCGAGAGAACGUGCGUGGGAAACAGUGCCAGGCAUAACGACGCCGAUGUCGGUUUUCGCACCGAACAAGCGAAACCGUGUGAGGGCCGCCACAUGGGAAACGCCUGUGGGGGGGGCGCGGGUGCCUGUGGCAGGUCCACCGCGUUGGAGGAGCCAGAGGACAGCAUGGCAGUUCGCGGUCUCAACUUGAGACAUUGGAGUGGCAGUUGGUUGGGCUCCUUGUUAGCGCGUAUAGGCCCCAGCAGCCGAUACAACAAUACGGGGGCUGCUGAGUCAUGUGGGUCAAGCGGCACUGAGCUAGUGUCUCUUGAAACUGAACACGAGGUUCGCAGCCCGUCAGAGGAUGCAGAUGCACAUUGUAAGAAGGCCAAAGAAGCCGUCGUGAAAGGGAUGAGUGGCACAGGUGGCGCGAGGGAUAACGUCUGGAACGACGGGCAUACACGAGUCUCACUGAGAGGUUACCGUGUCCUUCUUCUGAUGAAAAGGACGGUGGCGCAGUGUGUGGCGGCUAGCGUAGCGUCAGGGUUGUGGCUGCCAUCUGUUUCAUCGCUUGAAGCGGGUUUUACAAAGGCAUGUCCACAGACUGAUCAGGCGUCGACAACGGGCAACAGCAGCGUGGAGGAUCGCGACGGGGACACUGCGAAGAGCGGUUGCCUCGCAGUACUAGUGAUUACGCGCGAAUGUGUCAUACGAGAGCUGCUUCAAGCGCUAUGCGGACGUCGUUUUGGGAACACGAUUAAAGCAGGUAGCAUAACCGUACUAGACGUGUACACCAGACGAACAGGGAACACAGAACUGCAAAGAAGCCUCGGGCGCAGGCGUUCGGAAGCGUGGACGUGGCUCACAGGCCGUGGUUCUAGUGUUCAUCAGUAUUUGAACGAUGGUCGAGUUCAGUCGAUUGGGGCUGUCGGAAAGGGGCGACGUCCGCAUGCAAGUACGUGUUGCAGCCUAAACCGGUCACUGUCUGAUAGCUAUGAUGCCAGUACGGCAAGUGUUCAGGCAGAGCAGAGACAUGUGGGUGGCCCGGAGGGGUUCCCGUGUGAAUGGGGGAACGGCGAAGAGACAUCCCACACAGGGACGCAGGCUCAGGAGUUCGACAAGAGUGAUGGCUUGAAAUUUGAUGCUAAGACUACGGAAGGCACAGUCGCUGAAUCAAGCUCUUCACUUUCGCGAGACGAGUUCUCUAAAUGUGGCCAUACGGAAUCCGAGGCGGGAACUCGUGUUCAAGCUUGUAACGGUGUGCCGUCGAGCCGCAGACAGGUAGACUGCGGCGAAUCAGAGGCUGGGUGCUCAGAAGAUUUUAUGGCUGUUCCCCGAUUCAGUUGGGAGUGCGAACACUGCAGUGUGAAUGAUGACGAAAACGUUCAGAAGGGGAGUUUCAAAAGCGAUGCGCCUAGAAGGUCACAGCUGCAUGAAGACGGCAUACGACAUGGAAAAAUCGGUCGUAGCAGAACUAUGAGUGGCACGAUUGGCAGUCAAUGUUCAAUGAAGAAAACCGUGGGUCGUCGCGUCUACGGGUCGAGUCUCUGCGGUACGUGUUCGGCGGAACAUUCUCUCAGGGGUAUAGAAAAAUCUCCUCGCAAAGUGAGUGAGAUCGACGAUGAGGAAGUCAGUGUGGAUCUGUCAGACUUGAAGUUGCUGGCUGCUCCGUACAAAAGCACGAGGCCUUUUGCGAGUGAACAAAGGGUUGAAGCGGUGGAUGCCCUUCUGUCAAGAGUCCAGUGCUGGGUAGAGGUGUUCAACAAGAAGGAGUGACGUAUAUGCUCUUUGCUUUUUGUCGAUGUCGUGAUUAUCAAUUACCCAGUCACGGUAGGCGCGUUAAUGACAAGUGUUUCGUUUCAACACGUCUGCGCCAAUAUUAGACAUGUAACUUCCUAGGUUGCCUCCCUAGCUCUGAUGCGAUUUUCAAGAGCUAGAAGGUCCGAGACACAAGGACAAAAUGCCGACAGUUCA